GCACGAGCGCAGGGCAUCCCCCCUCCCGCGCGCGCACACGCAUACACACACAAACACUCACGCACGCGCGCACACACACACGCACAGGCGCGCGCCGACAGCGGACUGGACCCACACACACUGAGCCUAUUCUGCCCAUCACCAGCAUCACCAUGAACUACCUGCGCAGACGUCUGUCGGACAGCAGCUUCGUAGCCAACCUGCCCAAUGGCUACAUGAUGGACUUCCAGAGACCCUCUGGACCACCCAGCUCCACCAGCUCCCCUGCUUCCCCAGCCACAGAGAGGCGGCAGCCGCCUUCUCAGCCAGCACAGCUAGCCCAGGUGGCCAAGGCGGCCCAGGCUGCCCAGGCGGCCCAGCCACAGGCCCCACCUGCUGGCGCUGGCAGUUUUCUCAGCUCCUUCUCCAGCGUGGUGAAAACAGCUCAGAUAGCCAGUGCAGUACAGGCCAAAGCUGCAGCUGCAGCUGCAGCUCACGGGGAAUCUGCUGCUGCUGCGCCAACAGCUACUCCUGCUGCUCCCGCUAAGCCUGCAGUCCGCAAGCCCAAGGUGCUGUUGGUCAUCGAUGACGCACACACUGAUUGGGCGAAGUAUUUCCGAGGGAGGAAGCUGAACGGGGAGUAUGAGAUCCGUGUGGAACAGGCUGAGUUUUCAGAGAUCAAUCUGGCGGCUAAUGUCAACAAUGGGUGCACGGUGGACAUGCAGGUUACACGAGGUGGCACCAAAGUCGUAAGAUCUGUAAAGCCAGACUUUGUCCUGAUUCGCCAGCAUGCCUUCAGCAUGACCCCAGGAGAGGACUUCAGAAGCCUUGUAAUUGGUCUGCAGUACGGAGGCGUGGCCAGCAUCAACUCCCUCCACUCCAUCUACAAUUUCUGCAGUAAACCCUGGGUUUUUUCCCACAUGAUCAAACUCUACCAUGCCUUGGGUCCAGAGAAAUUCCCGCUGAACGAGCAGACCUUUUUCCCAAACCACACACAGAUGCUACCCACUCCAGCUUUCCCAGUCGUGGUGAAGAUGGGGCACGCCCAUGCAGGCAUGGGAAAGAUUAAGGUGGAGAAUCCAAAUGAUUUUCAGGACAUCACCAGCGUGGUGGCUCUUGCCAAAACAUACGCAACAGCUGAACCCUUUGUGGAAUCCAAGUACGACAUCCGGAUCCAGAAAAUUGGCAGCAACUACAAAGCAUACAUGAGGACCUCUAUUUCAGGGAACUGGAAGGCUAACACAGGCUCUGCAAUGCUAGAGCAGAUUGCCAUGACAGACAGGUAUCGCUUGUGGGUGGACUCGUGUGCUGAGAUGUUUGGAGGUCUGGAUAUCUGUGCUGUGAAGGCCGUACAUGGUAAAGAUGGCAAGGACUAUAUCAUAGAGGUGAUGGACAGCUCCAUGCCUCUGAUUGGUGAACACGCAGAGGAGGACAAGCAGCUCAUCACUGAUCUGGUUCUUAACAAAAUGGCCUUUGCUCUGCUCGGCAUCACCUCCCCUCAACCCUCUACGGUUAAGACUCCGCCUGGUCCACAGACCUCCCAGCCGAGACGAGCUCAAGGUGGUCCCCGCUCGGCCUCUGGCUCUCCGUCUCAGUCUGCUCAUGGCUCUCCACAGCGAGCCCGCUCUGCUACCACCUCACCCAGUCAGGCCUUCCAGCCUGGCCCUAUCCCAGCCUCCGGGUCUACAGGAGCUUCUCAGAAACAGGCACCGCAGCUCAACAAAUCACAGUCGCUGACAAACACCUUCACAGAGACUCUGAGGGGCAACCCCACAGAUGAUGAGGCCAAAGCCGAGACCAUCCGCAGCCUCCGCCAGUCCUUCGCCAGCCUCUUCUCUGACUAACCCACACACACUCUCUCACACACAGCGACCAGCACUUUGAGACGAAAGGUGUUCUGAAGGUCAGCAGAUUCUGUGUCGAGUGUAAAGGAGAGUAACAAACUGACCAUAUUGCGUAAUGAAGGCUGAUGUUUUUGUUUUUGUUAGUUAGUCGUUGUCAGUUAUUCUGUUUGCAACCAUAAGAAAACCAGAGUCAGCCAUACAUAAACUCCACCCUGGGUCUUUCAGGGAAAAAGGGGUCUGUGUUAUUAGAUAUUAACUCAUAGCUCCAUGUAAAUUCUAUUUAUGUUUAAUGAUUAUUAUAGAAAACAGUGUUUUGUUUUGUCCAUCUAAUUUUUACCAAAUUUCUUUUUAUAUUGUGCACUUAUUCAUUUGGUCAUACUGUCCGAGUCAUAUUACAUAUAAAAGAAGGCCUGUAAUGUUAAUGACUGAUUCUCAUAGGACAUCUGUUUUUAAAUUACAGACAUUUCAGGGUGUCUACUUGCUUUACACAUGAAAAUGAAACACUUUUACAUGUAAUACUGUCUUCUGCUCACAAGCAGUAUACAUAUCCUGCUUUUUCUCCUGUAGCCUGCUAGCUAUCAUCAGUGAAUUUAGUGUAGUCAAAAGAAUCAGCAUUUUACAGCCGUUAAAACUCCCACAUAAAACAUAUUUCAGCUUUUAUUUUUGGUUGGCACAUGAUUUAUGUAGAUUCAUACUGUACAUAUUGGCUUUAUUGGGGCUGAAGAGAGCAAAAGUAAAUGCCUCCUAGGGUGCCUUUCAAAAUAUUCAGCGUAAGUGGUUAAGGUCCAAACUAAAUAUUUUAAAGUACUUUAGUGCUAAAGAAACUGAAUUGCAGAUUAAUUUUUUAGACUCUAUUGAUGCCUCAGCAAUCAUCAACGUAUCCAUAACCAUUUCAUAUUAAAUUCGUUUCUCUAGUGUAGCCUUUAAAGGCCUUUUCAGCCUUUCGUGAAGUCAAUCUAUGCUAAACCAAACCAAACUGAGUGAGUAAGGCAUUGUAAUGAAUUUUAAUUAUGUUUAUAUCAGUGAUAUUCCCAUCCAGAAACACUAAUUGCUCAGCAUAUAAUGUAAUAUUGACAAAUAUGUCAAAUCUAGGGUACUGUUAACAGUCAAUUUAUCUAAUUCAAUGUCGCUUAAUUAUAUUCAUACAAUUCUGUUUAAUGCCAAUUCUGUAUUACGUAUUUUUUGCACUAUAAGACACACCGGAUUAUAAGGUGCAUUAUCGAUAAACAUCUAUUUUCUGGUCUAUUUUUAUACACAAGGCACACCGGAUUAUAAGGCACCUUUUAGGCAGAGCAGUUAGGAACAGGAGUGUCGCCAUGUUUUUCUUCUAAUUUAGCAGGUCUUACAGCUGGGGGCCAGACCUGUAAAGCUAAGCUAAAUAAACAAAAGUGUAAUUCUUAAAAACGAGUCAGAGUCCAGUUAUUGGACUGUUAUCUAUACCUUGGAUGUCCCACUCUCGCAGAAAAAAAAGGUACCAGACUGUUCAUGGGGUAGGACCCUGAAGUACCCAUUAGUUAAGUAACAUAUUUGUACUAUAUUCAUCUGCACUUGUUUUUUAGUAGAUUAAUAUCCAGUGCUGAAUAUUAAUCUACACAGAUUUCUCUCAUAAAAACUGUUUAUUUGGGUGAGUAAAGCACUUCCAUUUAUUUACAGUAAGCUUAGAUUUCCAGAUUUCCACUAAAGCUGGAUGCAGCAGCAUUAGCAUUAGCAUUAGCGGACAACCAGUAAUGCUGCCUAACUGCCGCCCGAAGGGACUAUACUGAGAAACCCUGAGUGUUCCUGUAAACCAGGGCAAUAUUAGCUAGCAGUUCGUCCUACGUAGCUUCUUUUAACACAGUAAACGCAGACUACAGGCUGAUAAUACUCACCUCUGCACGGCCAAAGCCGUGGCUAGCACGGUAAGUGGUUAAUGCUAAUACUUCUUCAGCAGUGCUAGUCGGGGUUAGAAGCAGACUACAGGCCAAUAAUACUUACCUUUGAAUGGCUAGCAUUUAGCAGGUAAUGCUAAUGCUGCUCAAGGCAGUCCGAGCCGAUAAUACUCACCUCUGCAUGGCCAAAAAGCUAGUGGUUAGCAUAAUAAUAUACUAAUAUAAUACUGCUGGGGUCUGGUAAAAUUCCUACAUGAGGUGCACCAGAUUAUAAGGUGCACUGUUGAUUUUUGGGAAAAUUAAAGGAUUUUAGGUGCACCUUAUAGUGCAAAAAGUACAGUAACUCUGGGUUCUAUUAAUAUGUCAAUGUUGCCUUCUGCUUUGAUGUAAAAAAAAAGGAGUGGAGGAGUGGGAAAUAUAGACAGGAUAUAGACUUAAUUUACGGAGAAAUUUGAUAGAAAUGAUGCAUGCUAAUAUUUUUUGUCCGUUGAGCUUCAGGAAAAGCAUAGCAGACAUGUUUGAUUCAGACAGGACUAAAAGCACGGAGACACCCUGGCCAUAUUUACAUUACUGCACUGAAGUAAUACAGUCUGGGUUUGUCUAAUGAGUGAUUUCAGCAGCUCUAAUCUGCCACAAGCAGUCUAAACAGCUCUUGUUUCAUUUGCAGUUUGUGGACAAAGCCAUUAAUUAUGAAAUACACGUACCAUGCAAUAUACCACGAUGCGAACAGAUAUCAUUUUUAUUCAGAUCAGUCAGUCUUCCAUUAAAAAUGAAUCUUCCCUUUAUAAAUGAAGAUGUACUUGACAGUGUAUUUAUUGUAAAUACUACUCUCUUGUUUCUUGGGCAUUUUACAUGUUUACGUAUCUUUGCUUAGGAUCUUGGACAGUAACAUGCAGGAAAAUGAAUAAAGAAGAUUCAUAAUUGCAAAAAAGGUUUAUAAACGAAGGAAUUUAUUAAUUAUAGAUAAAGCGAAAAGGUAAUGGGUCACACCAGAAAGCCAUCAUUCAUCAAGAUUUUAAGUGUUUUACCAUGUUUUCUAAGAAGCAGAAAGUUAUAGUUACCCAGUGUUCUAGGUGUCAUAUCUGCCUUAUUGUUUUUUUUUUAUUAUUAUUUAUUGUAUUGUGCAAAAUAGGAAAGUAUUUGUGACCAUGAAUUGUGAUUCUGCCUGCGAUGAAGAGUGGCUGUGUUUCUGUCUUAUUUCUGACCUAAACGGACCAAAUUCUGUGUUAAUGGGAAAAAGAGCAGCGCUCUUAACUUAUUUUCAUUUUCAUUUUUUCUAAAAAAAAUGCCUAAUCUUGAUGUGCUUGGUUGAUUAUACCAUUUAUUUCACAUGCACGUUAUGAAGUGCGAUGAAAAAGCCAUAAAAUAUUCAAAAUAAUUAAAUGUUUUGUGAUGUUUAGUCUGCUCAUUUAAUGUUCUGCCUCCAUAUUAAUCAACAUUAAGCUACUUCAAACACACAUUGAUAAGUUCCCUUUCUAUACAGCCAGUACAGUUAUGAUUGACAUGUUUCAAAAUGUGUAUAAUAUGUUGAUUAAUGAACUCUGCUCCCUGUUAAAGGAAUACUCUAGCAUUUUUUAAACCUAAUCGCUAUGCCAGAACAUUAUUGCAAUAUGUGUUGUAAAUGGGCUUUGUUAAAGAAAGUGCACACUAUGAUUUUUUUGUUAUUCCGCAAGACAGAGUUAUACAAAAACGUAUUAUAUUAUGACCACCUCCUUGUUUCUACACUCCUUGUCCAUUUUUCAGCUCCACUGAGCAACAGAUGCACCUCUGUCUUUGUCUCUGUCUCUGUGAAGGUGAAGCAGUUAGGUAAGUGUGUCUAACAGAGUGGACAUUGAGUGUUUAAAAACUCCAGCAGCACUGCUGUAUCUGGUCCAAAACUAAAAAUGAUCCACCACCCAUGGAAGUGUUAUUAAUCUAGUGAAAACACUUUCUUAAAAGCCUUAACAUACUAUAGUGUAUGUGGCUGCUUAGAUUAACCUAAAUUAACUGUUAAAUUAGUCAAAUUUCUCCCGGGAGCCAAUAUUGCUUUGUUGUUUCUUUGUGUGAAACCAGAUUCUCUAUUCUGGAAACCUCCUAAGAUGUGCACUCUACCAUUGGCAGCUUUUUAUAUAAUUCUGAAUCAGCCUACAACCAAACCAGCUCAACAUCAGUCUGACUAUGCUUUGAAUGAAACAUUAUUCAAACCAGCAGUAAAUAAGUUUUGUCACAGACAGAGUUCUAAUAUGCUUCAUAUGUAGCAUAUCACUAACACAGGCUUUCAUUUUCCUUUAUCUACAAAAAAUGUACUUAAUCAUUUACAUACUACAAGAGAAAUGCAAAAGACCAUAUAUAUUUAUAUAUUUUGACCAGAUGUGGCAGAUAGAGACUAGGUUGAAAAAAGCUGGAGUAUUCUUUCUAGCUACUUAAAUGUAAAUGUAAACACAUUUGCUGUGGUCAUGUUUUGUAUUUAGUUAAAUUUUGUAUUAUGUAUUAAUAUAUGAUUUUAAAUCAUUUUUAUAUUUAAUUCCAUAAGUUUGAUCAAUUUACAUAUUUUAUUUUAAUAGAUUUUUUUCCUAAUAUUUGCCGUAAGUGAGUGUACUUAAUGGAUAGGAUGAUGAGCUUUAAAUCUGAGGGGAUAGCGGUCUAUUAUGACUUGGCCUGUGGUUACUGGGCUUUUUCACCUGUCAUCAUCUCACUAAAUGCAAGUAUGUCUGUCAUUCACACACGAUGCAGUAAAUGCCUGAACUGUAUUCAUAGCAGGGUAGUGUUUGUUGUUUUGUUUUCAUUAUUUAUGGAAGUUUCCAAAAAGAAUCAUUGAUCUUACCGAUGUCAAACUCGCUGCGUUGGGUAAAAACCUGAUUAUUAGUAUGCAAGCAAGUCAUUUACAGACAUUUAUAGAGCCAAACUGACCAUAGCAGCCAUCAACACACUACGCUAAAAGAGUUACAUCACCGUAUACAAACAAAACAGCGACAGCAGCACACACACAUACACAGACAUUAUCAUGUGUUGGUUAUAUUGCAGUGAGCGUAUGUAAGUGUAGUGGUUUUAUAUUCAGUAACUGUGGCAUGAUUAAGACUCUCUGGUGCCUCUGUAGUGUAGUUAACUAAUAUAGAUCAGUUUUUUUCUGUCUGAAUGCUUUAUGUAUAGUGUGUGUGCGUAUGUGUGUGUGUGUGACUAUAAAUGUGCUCUAAAUGUAAUAUAUGCCAUUUUAUUAUUUUUUAUUCUUUGCUUUGGUUCAUGCAAAAACUAAUAAAACAGACUGUGUUUGAUA